UGGAGCAGUGAAGCUUUCUGGCCUUUUCCUCAGAUCAGCUCCUGCUGUAAACUGGGUUCAUCUGUUCAAUUAACUUCAAACUCGGCCCUAAUUCCAAUUUCUCCCCUGUAGCUUUAACUACCUAUAACCAGAAUGGAUGACUGGGAAGAAGAGCAGAGCCCUGUUGUGAGCAACUCCAGUUUCGGAAAUAACAAUUCAUGGAACAAUGGGAGCCAACCAAGCAGCUAUGAAAACAACAUAAAUGACAAUAAAAGUUCCUGGAAAAGCAGUGGAGGUGAUGGUUUUGGGAUCCGAGGUGGAACCAGGGGACGUGGCUUUAGGGGAGGAGGUGGAGGCUUUAAGAGCUUUAAUGCAGGAGAUGAACAAAAUGGCAACAAGGAAGAUGGAGGCAACUCCUGGAACAGUGGCGGUGGAGAUCGAUAUGGAGAAAGAGGAGGGCGAAACUCAAGAGGUCGUGGAGGAAAUAGGAAUGCCUUCAAUUCAGAAGCUGAUGAAAGUGACAAUGAUGGCUUCAAAACUAACUUUGGAAACAGAGGUGGUCGAGGGGCCCGAGGAGGCCGGGGAGGUUUCAGACAGGGUGGAGAUGGAGAGCGCGGAGGACGUUUUGGUGGAAGAGGAGGUUAUAGAGGACAAGGUGAGGAGGUGUUUUCUAAGGCAGUAUCACAGACAAGAGAAGAGGAAAGAGGAGAUGGUGUGACGGCAGGGCCCAAGGUCAUCUAUGUACCUCCACCACCACCAGAGGAGGAAAACUCCAUUUUUGCUCAUUAUCAGACAGGCAUCAAUUUUGACAAGUAUGAUGAGAUCCUUGUGGAUGUAAGUGGAAGCAACCCUCCACAGGCCAUACUGAUGUUUGAGGAAGCGGGUUUAUGCGAGACACUCAACAGGAAUGUUGCCAAGUCAGGCUAUGUGAAGCCAACUCCUGUUCAGAAACAUGGUAUUCCCAUAAUCUCUUCAGGAAGAGAUCUCAUGGCCUGUGCCCAGACUGGAUCUGGGAAAACGGCUGCCUUUCUGCUGCCUAUUCUUCAGCAGCUUAUGACUGAUGGUGUAGCAGCCAGCAAAUACAGUGAGUUACAGGAGCCAGAGGCAAUCAUCGUGGCUCCCACAAGAGAACUCAUUUGUCAGAUUUAUCUGGAGGCCCGGAAGUUUGCUUAUGGGACCUGUGUACGUCCUGUGGUUGUUUAUGGAGGGACAAGCACUGGGUUUACUAUCCGAGAGGUGUCGAAGGGCUGUAACGUGUUGUGUGGAACCCCUGGAAGAUUGCUGGACAUUAUCGGUCGUGGAAGGGUUGGAUUAAAAAAGCUUCGUUACUUGGUGCUGGAUGAGGCUGAUCGAAUGCUGGACAUGGGUUUUGAGCCAGACAUGCGUAGGCUGGUGGGCUCCCCUGGAAUGCCCUCAAAGGAAGAGAGACAGACCCUCAUGUUCAGUGCCACCUAUCCAGAAGAUAUUCAAAAGAUGGCAGCAGACUUCCUUAAGGUGGACUAUCUGUUUUUGGCUGUGGGAGUGGUCGGAGGAGCAUGCAGUGAUGUGGAGCAGCACAUCAUUCAGGUUACUCAGUACUCAAAGAGGGAGCAGCUGUUGGAACUACUAAGAACAACAGGAACGGAGAGAACAAUGGUCUUUGUUGAAACCAAGCGAAGUGCAGAUUUCAUUGCAACAUUUCUUUGUCAGGAGAACGUGUCGACUACAAGCAUCCAUGGUGACCGGGAACAGCGAGAGCGGGAAAAGGCCCUCAGUGACUUCCGCACAGGCCAGUGUCCUGUACUAGUAGCUACCUCUGUUGCUGCUAGAGGACUGGACAUUGAGCAUGUCCAGCACGUGGUUAACUUUGACCUGCCCAGCAACAUUGAUGAGUAUGUGCAUCGCAUCGGGAGAACAGGCCGGUGUGGGAACACGGGAAGAGCCGUGUCUUUCUUUGACUCGGUGUCUGAUACUCCUCUGGCUCGCUCACUAGUGAAAGUUCUUUCAGGGGCACAACAAGAAGUUCCUUCAUGGUUGGAGGAAGUUGCAUUUAGUGCUCAUGGCACAACAGGAUUUAACCCACGGGGGAGAGUGUUUGCCUCUACAGACACUCGCAAGGGUGGAUCUUUCCAGAAAAACCAAGCACCAAAUCCAGUUGUGCAGAGCACUGCUGCAGAUGCUGAUGAAGAAUGGGAGUAAAUUUGCACAUAUCUUGCUUUACUUUUAUGUUGCUUUGUUUGAAAAAAUACCCUGUGUUCUGUUUUAUUUUUGUUUGUUUAAAAAUAGGACUGUAAAUGGGUCCAAGUUAUAAAUGUGCAUAGGAUUUAGAUAGUGGGCUUUCAACUAAUAUACAGGAGCCACAGGUUCAGCUGGAAGCUCAGCUUUACAAUUUAAUGUCUUAAAUAUAAAUCAAGAAUGAACCUUUAACACUGACCUAAGUCUGGGAUGCAUCACUAAACUGCUGAUGUGUUACUUUUAAAUGUUAAGGUUUCUUUUUGAGGCAGAAGUGCUUUGUAUCAGCUCUGCUUGUAGGAAGACGUGAAUUAUGUACCCAGAAGUACAUUCAUCGGUAAAAGCCUUUACCUGACGGUUACAUUCUUUCUCUUUAUUGAUCCUUAUGUGACAUGUUUUCAGGUUGCAUUUAGUUCAACCUCUUUGUUUGAAGGUAUUUGUUAUUCAGAAGAUGCCAUGCCAAAUAAAAUAUGCUACUCAGAUGGUUGAAA